AUGGAAUUCGAGCGCACUGGAGUCGCGAAUAGGCAUGUAGUCGUUCUCUAUUGUAUGACGAGUAUGGCACUCAUCGUAGGUCUGGUUGACUAUGAUACUGUUUAA